UCAGACCCUCGCAGCAGUGCUGUCAGUCUGUCAGAGGUGAAGGUAUCGCACUGAGCUCCUCCGGCCUCUCUGCUGUCACUAUGGCGCGUGUUGAAACAUCAUCCAGCAGGCCGUACCACCUGGUGAUCUUCGGAGCCUCCGGAUUCACGGGACAGUUUGUGGUGGAGGAGGUGGCCCGGACUGUGUCCGAGGGUCCGAGCGGGACUCUGAAGUGGGCUGUGGCCGGCAGAAGCAAGCAGAAGCUGGAAAAAGUUCUGGAGCAGGCCGCCCAAGUCCUCAGUAAGCCGGAGCUGAGGUCAGAGGUGGACAUCAUCGUUGCAGAUGUAGAGGAACCAGACUCUCUGGCUGCCAUGUGCAAACAGGCUGUGAUUGUCCUCAACUGUGUCGGGCCUUACAGGUUCUAUGGCGAGCCAGUGGUCAAAGCCUGUGUGGAGAAUGGAGCCCACCACAUUGACAUCAGUGGAGAGCCUCAGUUUCUGGAGGGCAUGCAGUUGAACUACAACAGCCAGGCAGCUGACAAAGGUGUGUACAUCAUUGGGAGCUGUGGAUUCGACUCCAUACCUGCAGACAUGGGGGUCCUCUACACCAGAGACCAGUUCAAGGGUACACUGACUGCGGUGGAAAGCUUCCUGACUGUCAGCUCAGGCGAUGAGGGUGGUUGUAUCCAUGAUGGCACGUGGCAGUCGGCUAUCUAUGGUUUCUCCGACAGCCACAAGCUCCAAAGUCUCAGGAGGAAGUUUAAUCACAAACCUCUCCCUACCGUUGGCUCUAAGCUUAAACGCAGGGGAGCUUUGUUCUUCAGCAAUGAGAUCCAGCAGUAUACGGUGCCGUUCAUGGGCUCCGACCCCUCCGUUGUGAAGAGAACUCAACGCUACCUGGCAGAGGAACAUCAGGCCAAACCGGUUCAGUACGGAGCGUAUGCAGGAGUCGGAGGAAUCGGCAACGUCAUCAAGCUGUUGUUUGCUGGCAUGAUUUUCUGGCUUUUAGUCAAGUUCAGUUUUGGACGCAACCUGCUCAUUAAGCACCCAGAGUUCUUCUCUUUUGGAGUCUUCUCCAAGGCUGGGCCGACAAGAAAGCAGAUGGAGGCUUCAUCCUUCCAGUUUGCUUUCCAUGGAGAGGGCUACACAGAGGGACAGGACCCCUCCCAGGGAAAACCUAAUGCCAAAAUCCGCACGCUGGUUCAGGGACCAGAGUGUGGAUAUGUGGCCACGCCCAUCGCCAUGGUACAGGCUGCUCUAACAAUCCUCAACGAACCCACAGCCCUGCCCAAGACGGGUGGAGUUUAUACUCCAGGAGCUGCUUUUGCUAAAACAACACUGACGGACCGCCUCAACAAACACGGCAUCCAGUUCUCUGUCAUCUAAAGUUUGUCCCCUUCCCUGAUGCCAUACUACAGGUUUUUCAGCACUUACUAAUAUGCAUAUUAACAACUGGAAAGUUUUAGAAGAGAACUAUUUCAUCACAAGGGGGCUUGAGAUGGAGUGCACUUUCAGAUUACGUUCUAACACUUUUUGAUGGUACUUUGAGCAUUUUUUUUUCAUUUGUUUAGAAACUUGUGGGUCUUUGUUUGGCUUAAAUGUCUACCAUUAACUCUGCUUGAAUUUUGGCCUGGGUUUAUGUAAUUGUUUUUCAUAUUUUUACCAAACUAGACAGAAAAUGGUUUACUUUUAGUUUCUCUCUGACACUGUACACUAUCAGGUGAUAAAAGAGAAAGCUGGUAGGUGGUACUUUCAUCAUACCAAAGUUUGAUUAGUGGCAUUUUGUUCAAAUGGAAAGUAAACUAUGAUCUGACAGUGUAUGAUACAAAUUCUCUAAUGACAGUGUAUCCACAUAAUCUGAAUAAAAACUGACUCCUCAGUUGCUACAUCUUCAUGAUACAGUCUAUAUGGUGUGAAUGGAUAGUUCUAUUGACGACCCAUGUAAUUAAAUAGCAACAAUAUAGCAAGCUAAUAGCUUUAUAGCAUUAAUGUAAUGGUCCUGGGCAGUAUUUCCCAUGGAUUAUCAUUUAUGAUUAGUAAAGUGGGUUGCAAUCAGUGCUACAGAUGUCACAAACUGUAUUAAAAACUGUCAGUGUCAACUGUGUACGAAAAGUACACUUAUACAAUCUUUGUAAGUGUUGUCCUUGUGACAUACAGUAGCUUCCUACGCAAAAGGGCAUUGCUCGCUAAGUAGCACUAACAUGGUAGCUCUACAUGUAAUCUGGUUCAGUGGAAUAGAGCUGUCGACAGAGAAUAGAAACCUGCUGUGGGUGUGUGUGUGUGUGUGUGUGUGUGUGUAUGCGUGCGUGUGCACGUACAUGCUUGCCUUUCCUGGCUUGGCCUGUUAACUAAAAAUCAUGAUUGUUUUUGACAGAUAAUAGUCAGACUAUCAUUAAAUUCUCCUUCCUUCUUGAAUCUUGUUUUGGAACUGAAUGUUGCAACAAUUCACCGAUCCAAACGUUCACUUUUGAGGCCCGCCAGAAAAUGCAUCUAGUUGUUUGUGCACGAAAUGGCAUGAGUUACUUCAUGAGACUGAGCGAAUCCUCUCUGCUGUUUUGUUAACAACUUUGUGGAAAGUUUGUGUUUUUUCUUUUAUCUUAAGAAGUUUCUCUCUCCUGCAGACUAGAAUUGUUGUAUCCACAGUGUGAUCUCGGUCCUUGCUUUCCACGUUUGAGUGUUUGAGCAUUUAAGCAUUGUGUGCAUGUGACAAGAAAUGUUUUGAGGGUGUUUCUUUUUUUGGCGUGCUUUGCUUUGUAUGGGCCUCAUAAAUAAAAUCACUCUGCUAAUAGAA